AUGGAAAUGCACCUCCAAGGGCAAGAUCUCGCUAAUGCAAUUACAGAAGAUGGAACCUCAAAUGCAAAAGAUAAAGCAAAUGCACUGAUUUUUAUUCGUCGUCAUUUGCAUGAGAGCCUGCAGACUCAAUAUUUAUCUGUUCGAGACCCUCAGACCCUGUGGAAGAGGUUGAAGGAUAGGUAUGAUCAUACCAAGACUGUUAUCCUUCCUCAAGCACAAUAUGACUGGCAAAAUCUCAGACUACAAGAUUUUAAAUCAGUGUCUGACUAUAACUCCGCUUUAUUUGAUAUUGUUUCUCGGCUUGAGUUAUGCGACAUCAAGCUCACUGAUGCGGAACUGUUAGAGAAAACUUUAUCCACCUUCCAUGCUUCGAAUAUUGUAUUGCAACAGCAAUACCGACCUGCUGGCUCAAAAGCAUUGCCUGAAGCACAUGCUAACUCUGAGAAAAUUACUGGCCAUUUUAAAGGCUACAAGCGCAGGCAAGAAUAUAAUCCUCGAAGGGGUGGCAGAAAAUUUAACCGCCCUAGGAAAUCUAACUUUGGCCCGAAUCAUGACAAAGAAAAGAAGCCAAAGAAGGUGACUAAUGAAAGUAUUUGCCAUCGUUGUGGCAUGACUGGGCACUGGUCACGUACUUGUCGUACGCCAAAGCACUUUGUUGAUCUAUACCAGGCAUCUUUAAAAAAUACGGGCAAACGUGGUGAAUCUCACGCCAUUGAAAUUAAUCCUGCUGCCAUAACUACUGUUGAGGCCAACAAUAUCUCUGUUGGUGGGACUCCUCUUGCUCUUGAAGUAGCAAAUGCAUCCCUGGAUGUCUCUGAUUUCUUUGAGGACCUCUGA